AUGUGGAGUUGGAAUGGGACAUCAGUGAAUGAGUUCAUUCUUCUGGGCUUCACCAGUAACCCCACGUUACAGCGUCUUCUCUUGGCAAUGGGCCUAGUCAUUUCUUUGGUCACUAUCCUUGGGAACAGCCUGAUUGUCUUCUUGGUUUGGGUUGAGUCCUGCCUCCACACAGGCAUGUACUUUUUCAUUGGGAACCUUUCUUUGCUGGACAUUUUCUUCACAUUGAUCACCAUCCCUCAAAUGCUUAUCCACUUGGCCUCCGGGACAAAGUCAAUCUCUUUCUACAAAUGCAUGGCCCAACUCAACCUGACCUUGUCCUGUGGGAUGACUGAAUGCUUCAUCCUGGCUCUUAUGGCAUAUGACCGCUAUGUGGCCAUCUGCCAACCUCUGCGUUACCCCACUCUCAUGAGAAUGCAGAUAUGUAUGCAGAUGGCUGGGGCCUGCUGGGUUGGGGGCUUCCUCAAUGCUGCGACACUGACUAUCAUCACCAUAAGCUUCCCUUUCUGUGGUCCCAACCAGAUCAACCAUUUCUUUUGUGAGGAACCAGCAGUGCUGCCUUUGGCCUGCAUGGACACGUACCUUGUGGAGGUUCUCAUCUUUGUACUGAGUGUAAUUGUCCUUAUGCUGCCUUUUACUUUCAUUGUUAUUUCUUAUGUAUACAUUGCAAGGGUAGUAGUCGGAAUGCGCUCGGCUGAGGGACGCCAGCGAGCAUUUUCUACCUGUGCUACACAUCUCACUGUUGUCACAUUGUUCUACAGCACCAUCAGCUUUACUUACUUGCAGCCCCGGUCCAGCCGGGCUGCAGACCAGGAGAAGAGGGCCUCAAUCUUCUAUGCUUUAGUCUCCCCCAUGCUGAAUCCCAUCAUCUACAGCUUGAGGAACAAGGACGUUAAAGGGGCUUUGGCCAAAGUGAUACGGAAAUUCAGCUGCCAAUUACCCAAGUAG